AUGGACUCCCCUUCCACGAUCGGUGUUUCUGAGCUCUUCCCCAGAGGAGGCCAGGACCUACAGCCGUACGCGACCAGUGCUCGUACAAGCGUUCAAGGCGACCCCACGGGCGCCUACGAUCCACCUCUCACACCGGCUCAGAAGGGGCAGCAUGCCCCGACCCAGUCGCGCGUGGAGAUUGCUACAACCACUGCUGGUACCUCUCGCGGGGGAUCGCCCACGCCGCCAGCAACAGAGAUGGGCGAUUCGAAAGAUACUGACCAGGAUGUCUCGGUCGUGGCCGCGUUGGCGGGUACCCGCAGAGAGCUGCAGAAGUGUUUGGAGACAAUCCGACUGGCUCUUUACCGGAUCCAAAGUGCCGAGGCGUUGCUGGCUGAGCGCGGUACCGCUGGAUCGACAGUUGACGAACAGACCAUGAUGGCUCCAGUCGCUUACGGUGUACCGGACUUGGAGGAGCUGGUGAGCAUUGGUCAAUCCCAGCUUCAAUACCCCAUUCGCCAAUUCAUCAAGGGCUCUGAGGGGUACUUGCCAACGAUCGGUGAUGGCGCCUGGAAGGAGCUGGAACACAUUCAGUCGUCCUCCUUUGGCAAGCUGACUCAAAGUCUGAUCGAUGUGUACCUCGGUCGGGAGGAGCUGCACGGGGGGUCGGCGCGCUCGGACGAGAUCUACUGGAGAGCCACGUACGCCUUGGGCCUGAUGAUGGGAGCGGUUGCUACUAUCCCGAAGGAUGUGCCCGAGCAGUGGGAGCCGGGCUUCCGAGCGCUCGCGACCAGAAUCCAAACGAAACAUACGGUCUGCAUCGAGUCUUGGAAGGCCCUCAUUGAUACCCUUGCGAUGGCGAGGGAGUCAGGUAUCACCGAGGCUGCGAUCACUCAACUGCGAACUCCCACCGGUGGAUUGCGCUUCAGCAGGGCUCAGAAUCCUGCAACUCGGGUCGGGAUCAAGGAGCAGGAAGCUGCGGUUGCCGCUGACCAACUUCUGUACGAGAUCGUCAACGCGUCGCAUCUCUUUCGGCAUUAA